AUGCAUGCAUCUUCCCACACUGUUGUCAUCAAGUCGCUCAGCUCGUUUCGUCGUAAUUUACAUUUAUGUGCUCUCUUGUCAAGAGCUCGACGACCUUUUUUCAAUAAACACAAAAAAGUGACAGAUCCAGCACGCCAAGAUCCGCUGUACUUCGAGAAAUUGGCUAGCACGCUUCCACUCGAUGAAUAUUAUAUUGAUGCACUUGGUAAAUUAUAUGCCGAGAAGAUUGGUAGUGAACGUGAAGUAAUGAUGAAAGGUGAGGAUCGUCUCAUUGGAAAACAACCUGAACAGUGGUUACCAGCCAUUGACAAAAGUAACCCUCGAAUUGCAUAUGCACAUAUUGAUGCUCUUACUGCUGCACCUGAAAGUGUCAAGCGUAUAUUUAGCAUCGAAUAUGGCACAAGACGAGACUUGACGGAUGCGUGGAAAGAUGUUCUAAUCGGACAAGUGAAAAAGCAUGAACUCGACUCUGAGUCUCUUGAAAUGAGAAUUGGAUGGCUUACGUCGUUGAUUCGUCAUUGGAGUUUGCUGGUUGACGAAAUAAAUAAUAAGCCAAGAAAGCCAACGUGGUUGACUCAUCGUAUUUUCUUGAUGAUCAACUUUCGACGUAAACUGCUCCGGAAAUUGCGUGAAACCGAUUCAGAUGCCUUUGAAAAGGUUCUUUCUGAACUGAAGAUAGCAUAUUACGUACCAAAGUUGCCCGAAGAGAUGAUCGAGAAAAGACGAAAAGCAUGGGCUGAAGCACAGUUGAAGUUGCGUGUCGAUAAAGAGAAAGAGGAUCGGCUUAGGGAACUGCAUGAGCGUUUUAUUGCGGAUCGAGAAAAAUCAGAAAAAGAAAUCGAUGAGGAGUUGACAAAGUUAGAAGAAGAGGAAAAGAAAUUGGAGAGUCGAUUGAAAGAGCUGGACGAGUUACAAGGACGAAUGCCCGCUAACAUUCCCAAAUAUCAACCGUCACUUAUUGAUUGUAUUUCUGAACGAACUAUUCAUUCGAUACUCUUUUAUCAUCCAAAAUCUUCGGCUGUCCCACGAAAACAUUCAUUAUCAAUUUAG